UGCAUCAAGCAUCAUGUUGUCUCCAAGGAUGUCUCUAGCUCGGAUUCUACUUUUAGCUCUCUUCAUGACACCCCAUGCGAUGGAUUUUUACAAACCAUUGUUCGUCUCGGUGAAGUCUGGAGAACGUGUUACUCUGAACUGCUCGUUUCUGGAGAGCAGUAGAUCAGAUUAUAUUAUUUGGUACAGACAGAGAUUUGGAGAGAUUCCACAGGACAUUGGAGAAAGGCUUUUGCACACAGAUGCCAAACCUUCACCUCAACGGAACAGCUCAGGAGUGAAAAUGGACAGAAUUAUAAAUGGGAUUUCUAUGACAAUAAAACAUGCCAAAAAAGACGAUGCUGGACUUUACUUCUGUGGAUUAUCUAACUGGGAGAAAGCAACAUUUUUCAAUGGAACAUAUUUGACUGUGACAGGAGAUGAAGAUGUAAAAGUCUCAGUGUUCCAGAGCAGUGUGUCAGACUCGGUUCCUGCAGGAGCAUCAGUGACUCUGCAGUGUUCGGUUCUCUCUGAGAGCAGAGCAGCAGAACUCCAAGUGCUCUGGUUCAGAGCUGCUCCAUCACAAUCCCAUCCUCAACUCAUUUACACUCAUCACAACAGCAGCCUUCAGUGUGAGGACGAAUCUUCUACACACACCUGUGUGUACAACUUGUCCAAGAACAUCUUCAGCCUCAAUGAUACUGGAACUUACUACUGCGCUGUGGCCCUGUGUGGGAAGAUCAUUUUCGGGAACGGGACACGAGUACAGCUGGAGGAUGAUCUAGUUGAUCCUUUAGUGAUAGCGUUAGGAGUGUGUGUGGUUGUGAUUUUUUUUCAGGCCGUGUUCAACUGUAAAAGGAGAAACUCUGAAUGCAGCAUGAGACAUCAACAUGGUUCCAAUAAAGAAAAGGUUCCUAAUCAGAGUGAAGAUGCGGUGGAUCUGAAUUACGCUGCUUUACAUUUCAAUAAGAAGAAAACUAAAAGAAUGAGAAGAACGAAAGCUGAUGAUUGCGUCUAUUCUGAAGUGAUAAUGUCACCAGCACCAUAG